UGGAUCCUGCUGCACAUCCCAGCUGUUUGCAAUGAUGAUGUUAUCGGUGCUCUCGGUGGUGCUGCUCUCCGUUGGAGUCGACAGCGUGGCCAUGACCUUUGAAAGCAGAGACCCCAUCACCGGGUCGCCAGUGAGCUGUGACCGCUGUCCCCCUGGGACAUACCUGCGAUCUCAGUGCUCGUCCGAGAGGAAGAGCGACUGCGCAAAGUGUCCGCACGGCUCCUUCACUGAGGUGUGGAACCACAUCGGGAGGUGCCUGCGCUGUGGAGUCUGCAGUCACAAUCAGGUGGUGAAGACCUUGUGCACAGCGGACAGAGACUGCCAGUGCCAGUGCAAACCGGGGUACUACUACAAGCCGCAGUACGAUAUGUGCCUCCCACACAGCGCGUGUCCACCCGGACAAGGAGUGCGGGCCAAAGGUACACCUGACGAGGACACCGUGUGCCAGACUUGCUCUGACGGCACCUUCUCCGAGGUUUCCUCUGCUCAUCACAACUGCACAGAGCACAAGAGCUGCAGUGGUGCAGGGCUGGGGUUGGCACUGAGGGGCUCCUCCUGGCACGAUAAUGUCUGUGCAAACUGCAGAGAUCUCAAAGAUGGUGCCGACUACCUCAGAGAAAUCCUCCCAGCUUUUUUUGUGCACCACAACAUAAAUAUCAAGCGGCUGCGUCGAAUUGUGCACAAGCUCCCGUCUCAGGAUGGGAAGAGACCGGGAAGAAACACAGAGCUGAACUCCUCAGAGCUUCACCAACGGCUCAACACCUGGAUAGCAUCUGCGACAGCAGAGGAGAUUCGGAAGCUUCCGUCAGUACUGACGAGCGCUGGAGCGAGCGGCGCUGGUGAGAGGUUAGACCAAAAGCUGCAAAGAGUCGACAGUCAGCUGAAAACUGAGUGUAGAGGGAAUGAGGUGGAGAUGGUUGAUGCGCCAAAGUAGGUUGAG